AAAUUCCUAUAUUUAAAAUUGAGAAAAGUGCAUUUUUCGUCCUGUAAGUUUACCCCUCUGGACAAUUUAGUCCUCUUCGAAUAGCCAUUUUGAGUUUCGUCCUAUAACUUUUAAAAAAGGUUGCACAUUCGUCCCCGACUCGCCGAAAACCCGUUAAUUGCCCGGAAACACGCACGUGACACGCACGUGAUGGAAAUUAACGGCUCUUUUGGCCUACGUGGAGCCGAAUUUCACACGCGGACGACCUCAGUUACACGUGGCGGCCGAAAUCAAAAGAAAAAAAAAAUUCCGCGUGUAUACACACGUGGAAAUGGAGGGAAAAACAGAUGAAAAGCAGGAACAUGAACAGUCACUUCACUUCUCCCCACAAUCGCGUUCCCAAAUUCUCUGUGAAGAAAAAAACCCUCCAUCUACAUCGUUCUCAAAUUCUUUCUGAAAUUCCGAAGGUAAAAAAAUCGAAAGCUCAAAAUCAAGUAUUGAGAAACAAGAAUCCAAAUGAUUCCUGAGAAGGUGUUCAUCCGGAAGAAGAUUCGUAUGCACAAUGGACCUCCCACAUACGACAGUGACUUUGAUCUUAGAUCAGAAAGUAGUUGUGGGAGGGAUGAUGCAGACUUUGAUCACAAUGUAGACAAAUCUGUGGAGUCUGAAAUUGAAUCUGAGUCUGAUAUGGAGGCUAAUAUGGCAAAGUUAGGUGACUGCAUGCCUAUGAAAAGUGACAACACUCACUAUCAAAUAGAGUGUUAUGGUGGAGGUAGACCUAAGAAAGCAAGGAGGAUUGAUCCUGAUGAGAAAGGAGAGAAAAGACAGAAAAUGAAGGCAAAGAUUCAAAUGAAGAUGAAGAGGCAGCAGACAAGUUUGAAAUGUGGAAAAUGUGGCAAUGUGGGUCACAAUGCCAGAUCUUGUGGCAAGAAAAACCUUUCUGAUGCCAAGAAGGAUCAGAGCCCACUAGCUAAAGCAAGCAGGACAAUUUUGCAAAUUAAGAGGGCUAAUGCUGCAAGACAGGAGAAAGCAGCUAAGGCUAUUGCAAAAAAGGCCAAAGAAAAUGAAAGGGAAGCAAAGAAACAGAAACAAGGUUUAAGCAUUGAUAAGCAGGUGAAAAAACAAGGCUCCACCUCCACCAUAGAGAAAGAGAAAGAAGGGCCAAGCAUGGCACCACCUGCUCCAUUUGUAGAAGAAACUGACUUGGAUGAUGAGGGCUUUGUGUCACAAUUGACACAAGAGUUUUGUGCAACUCCACAGCCUGAGAUGACAAAGGGACCGACACCCCUUGAACAACUGAAAAUGGGAUUAGGAGAUGAUUCAUACUUUAGAGGUAAGCAGUUGGAGGCCAUCAAUGCAAGAGAUGGAACUCCAGCAAUGUUUGAAAGGAUUCAAAAUGACCUCUCUUUUGGUAGCUCAUCUCAGAAGUUGAAGCAGAUCAAAAAGGAGAAGGGAGAAAAUUCUAGAAAGAAUUGAAUUUCAGUUGAUUUGAUAGGAAACUGAAUUUAGUUGAUUUGGUUGUAAAACAUUUGCAGGAUUUGUUUGAAACGUAAUUUUGUUUUGGUGUUAAUUUUGUUAUGCUUGGUGGUUGUAAAACAGUUGUGGUUAUGAUCAGUU